AUGAUUCUUGGAAGCGGCCGAGACACUGGUCCAGUGGACUUUGCGGGUGUGGGUGACGGGGUGGCAGGGGAAGAGGCACUUGCUUACUUGAAGCUAUCCUCUAAGAUGGUGAGAAGGCUGUUGGAAAUCUUAAUUGCAAAUCUUAGAGUGACCCUUGAUGACUCAAGACUCGAAUCACUAAUUGGCAUGAAAAAUGUCAAUAUCAACUUCUAUCCAAUUUGCCGAAAUCCAGAACUCACUGUUGGUGCAGGGCGCCACUCUGAUAUGGGCACCUUGACUGUGCUUUUGCAAGAUAAUGCUGGAGGUUUAUAUAUAAAGGUUGAAGAAUAUAAACUUGAUAGCAGAAAAGAAGAGUGGAUAGAGAUUCCACCAAUCCCAAGUGCUUUAGUUAUUAAUGUUGGGGAUUCAUUAGAGAUCCUAAGCAAUAGAAGGUACAAAAGUGCUGAGCACUAG